AACCCCACCUCAUGCCAGCACACAGGCACCGGCACACAGAUGGGUGUGUGUUGAGCCAUAAUGCAAAGGCUCGCACACAGGUACAGACUGUCCUAGUUACACCCGCAUGCACAUGUGCACAGGUCCACACCCUGAGGAGGAGUGAUGGGCAGACCCACUCCUCCACCUGCAUCUUCCUCCUUGGUCGCCUCUACAUAGUCUGUGCCCUGAGUGACAGAAGAGCCUCCAGCACCCAGAGCCCCUGCUACAGUUUCUGCAGACAUCCUGGGGCAGUGCCAGCAGAAAGGGAUGUUGUUGCCUGAGCUGUGUGGCGUGGCGGCUGUAUGUGUGAUGCAUGUGUGGGUGUAUGUGUGUGUGCAUGCGUGAGCAUCAUUGUGUUGAUGUAUGGGUGUGUAACGUGUGCUUAUUGGUUCCAUCUCCCUGCCACCAUGCCCUGCCCCUUCUGGUGCUCAGAGCUACUCUGGGCUAGUCAUGGAGAUGCUGCUUAUGGCCCUCAGAAGGGGAAUACUGACAUCCCCACCCCAUAACCACCAUCCCCCAACCAGCCCAAACUGGGAGCCCAUCCCGGAUGCUAGCUGUGGAGCCCAUCCAUGAGGACACUGGGUUGAACCCCUAGACUUCAUCCAGGCUGCCUCAAGGUAGCCAAAGCUAGGGUGGGGGUGGGGUGGAGGCUGUCCUGAGGUGAGCUGUGCUGAGAGGCUGUGCAGGGGCCAUGGCAUGGGAACAUGGGACGACACCAGCCUCACUGCCAGCCUCUGCUUUCUUCCAGAUCUACAAGGACAACCGGAACCUGUUUGAGGUGCAGGAGAAUGAACCUCAGAAGUUGGUGGAGAAGGUGGCGGGAGACAUUGAGAGCCUGCUGGACAGGAAGGUGCAGGCCCUGAAGAGAUUGGCUGACGCUGCGGAGAACUUCCAGAAAGCCCACCGCUGGCAGGACAACAUCAAGGAGGAAGACAUCAUGUACUAUGACGCCAAGGCUGACACUGAGCUGGACGACCCUGAGAGUGAGGAUAUGGAGAGGGGAUCAAAGGCCAGCACCUUGAGGCUGGACUUUGUCGAGGAUCCAAACUUCAAGAACAAGGUCAACUAUUCGUACACAGCGGUGCAGAUCCCUACGGACAUCUACAAAGGCUCCACUGUCAUCCUCAACGAGCUCAACUGGACGGAGGCCCUGGAAAAUGUCUUCAUCGAGAACCGCAGGCAGGACCCCACACUGCUAUGGCAGGUCUUCGGCAGUGCCACAGGAGUCACCCGCUACUAUCCAGCCACCCCAUGGCGAGCCCCCAAGAAGAUUGACCUGUACGACGUCCGAAGGAGACCCUGGUACAUCCAGGGGGCCUCGUCACCCAAGGACAUGGUCAUCAUCGUGGAUGUGAGCGGCAGCGUGAGCGGCCUGACUCUGAAGCUGAUGAAGACAUCUGUCUGUGAGAUGCUGGAUACACUGUCCGAUGAUGACUAUGUGAACGUGGCCUCGUUCAACGAGAAGGCACAGCCUGUGUCAUGCUUCACGCACCUGGUGCAGGCCAAUGUGCGUAACAAGAAGGUGUUCAAGGAAGCUGUGCAGGGCAUGGUGGCCAAGGGCACCACAGGCUACAAGGCCGGCUUUGAGUAUGCUUUCGACCAGCUGCAGAAUUCCAACAUUACUCGUGCCAACUGCAACAAGAUGAUCAUGAUGUUCACGGAUGGUGGUGAGGACCGAGUGCAGGACGUCUUUGAGAAGUACAACUGGCCCAACCGGACGGUACGCGUGUUCACAUUUUCCGUGGGGCAGCACAACUAUGAUGUCACGCCCCUACAGUGGAUGGCCUGUGCCAACAAAGGUUACUAUUUUGAGAUCCCUUCCAUCGGUGCCAUCCGCAUCAACACGCAGGAAUAUCUGGACGUGUUGGGCAGGCCCAUGGUGCUGGCAGGCAAAGAGGCCAAGCAGGUGCAAUGGACCAACGUGUAUGAGGAUGCGCUGGGGCUAGGAUUGGUAGUGACAGGGACCCUCCCCGUUUUCAACCUGACACAGGAUGGCCCUGGGGAAAAGAAGAACCAGCUGAUCCUCGGCGUGAUGGGCAUCGAUGUGGCUCUAAGUGACAUCAAGAGGCUGACUCCCAACUAUACACUUGGAGCCAAUGGCUACGUGUUUGCCAUUGACCUGAACGGCUAUGUGCUGCUACACCCCAACCUCAAGCCCCAGACCACUAACUUCCGGGAGCCUGUGACCCUGGACUUCCUGGAUGCAGAGCUGGAGGAUGAGAACAAGGAGGAGAUCCGUAGAAGCAUGAUUGAUGGCAACAAAGGCCACAAGCAGAUCAGAACGCUGGUCAAGUCCCUGGAUGAGAGGUACAUAGACGAGGUGAUGCGGAACUACACCUGGGUUCCCAUAAGGAGCACCAACUACAGCCUAGGGCUGGUGCUCCCGCCAUACAGCACCUUCUACCUCCAAGCCAACCUCAGUGAUCAGAUCCUGCAGGUCAAGUAUUUUGAAUUCCUGCUCCCCAGCAGCUUUGAGUCUGAAGGACAUGUUUUCAUUGCUCCCAGAGAGUAUUGCAAGGACCUGAACGCCUCUGACAACAACACCGAGUUCCUGAAAAACUUCAUUGAGCUCAUGGAGAAGGUGACUCCAGACUCCAAGCAGUGCAACAACUUCCUUCUGCACAACCUGAUCUUGGACACGGGCAUCACACAACAGCUGGUGGAGCGUGUAUGGCGGGACCAGGACCUCAACACGUACAGCCUGCUGGCAGUGUUCGCUGCCACUGAUGGUGGCAUCACCCGUGUCUUCCCCAACAAGGCAGCUGAGGACUGGACAGAGAACCCCGAACCCUUCAAUUCCAGCUUCUACCGCCGCAGCCUGGAUAACCACGGCUAUGUCUUCAAGCCCCCACACCAGGAUACCCUGUUAAGGCCACUGGAGCUGGAGAACGACACUGUUGGUGUCCUGGUCAGCACAGCUGUGGAACUCAGCCUGGGAGGGCGCACACUGAGGCCAGCAGUGGUGGGCGUCAAGCUGGACCUGGAGGCCUGGGCUGAAAAGUUCAAGGUGCUAGCCAGCAAUCGCACUCACCAGGACCAACCUCAGAAGCAGUGCGGCCCCAGCAGCCACUGUGAGAUGGAUUGCGAAGUUAACAAUGAGGACCUGCUCUGUGUUCUCAUUGAUGAUGGGGGAUUCCUGGUGCUGUCGAACCAGAACCAUCAGUGGGACCAGGUGGGCAGGUUCUUCAGUGAAGUGGAUGCCAACCUGAUGCUGGCACUCUACAAUAAUUCCUUCUACGCCCGCAAGGAGUCCUUCGACUAUCAGGCAGCCUGUGCACCCCAGCCCCCAGGGAACCUGGGGGCUGCGCCGCGGGGCGUCUUUGUGCCCACCAUUGCAGACUUCCUUAACCUGGCCUGGUGGACCUCGGCUGCGGCCUGGUCCUUGUUCCAGCAGUUUCUCUAUGGCCUCAUCUACCACAGCUGGUUCCAGGCAGACCCGGCGGAGGCCGAGGGGAGCCCCGAGGCGCGUGAGAGCAGCUGCGUCAUGAAACAGACCCAGUACUACUUCGGCUCGGUGAACGCCUCCUACAACGCCAUCAUCGACUGCGGAAACUGCUCCAGGCUGUUCCACGCGCAGAGACUGACCCACACCAACCUUCUCUUCGUGGUGGCCGAGAAGCCGCUGUGCAGCCAGUGUGAAGCUGGCCGGCUGCUGCAAAAGGAGACACACUGUAUCCUGCCACCGCCCCCCCGCCGCCCGCGCCCCUCCCUCCCCAUGUGCCCCCUCCGUGCAUCCGCGGCCUCCUUGACUACCCACCCAUGCCCAGCGGACGGCCCGGAGCAGUGUGAGCUGGUGCAGAGACCGCGAUACCGGAGAGGCCCACACAUCUGCUUCGACUACAACGCGACGGAAGAUACCUCAGACUGUGGCCGCGGAGCCUCCUUCCCGCCGUCGCUGAGCGUCCUGGUCUCCCUGCAGCUGCUGCUCCUUCUGGGCCUGCAGCCCCAAGUUCAGGCCCACGCCUCAUGUCGCCUUUGAGCGCCCCCACCCUCGCGCCUCCCAGCCUUUACCCAGCCCUCCAGCUCCAUACUCCCGCCUUAGAGCCUUGCCACCUCCCCUCACUGAAGGACAUGAACCCUGAGAGUUUGCGCCAUGGGUUGGGGUCCCAAAGGAGGACGCCGCAGGUCUUUGGCCCCCAAGCCACAUGUCACCGCUGAACUGUCACAGUGUCCCCAGACCCUUCAUUCCCACUGGACUCACCCAUCCCGGAGAACUGGGACAGGGAAGCCACACUCACUGGUGCAAGACAGGCCUCCACUGCCCACCAGGCCUCGAGUCUCCCUCUGCGUUGGAGACCUAACCCCUGCCCCAGCUGGAUUCCUAUACCAUGGCCCGGCUGCCCCAGCCCAGCCCAGCCCAGCCCUGGUUUCCCUGGGAAUAAUGGAGGAAGGUGAGAUGGGCACUUUGAGACUUGCGCAUCCCAGCUCCCUGAGCAGGGUAUGCAAGGGAGAGGCUCUGAUUAAGCUUUAGCAGGAGAGGGGUCCUAAGGACCCCCCUGCCCCCGCAAGGGCUCCUGGCCCUCUGAGGCCUACAACCACCUCCCCUCCUUCAAGCCCUUCGGGUGCCAGGACAGACAUGGUGACAGCGUUUCAGACACAACCCCAUGCAUACCCGGUGCCCUGAGGGCAGAAACUGGACUCAUACUAGACAUACCCUGGAGUAUACACAUACAGAGACAUACACACACACACAAACACACACACACACACACACACACGACGGAGUGGGUGGGGCUCACAAAGCCUUAUACUGGGUGAGGGGUUGGUGGGAGGGUUGCCACCUCACACUCCAUCUCCUGCUCACCGCCUGCCUCUAAUCUGAGCUGUACCCCAGCUGAUCCUCCCAUCUCUAAAGCAGGAUGUCAAAUAGUGCCAAAUGCCAGGGCCAGGGCAGAGACCCCUCUGUCUUACCUCUGGCUGCCAGUGUCCCCCAAGUGCCCCUGACUCUGCCAGGUGCUCAUUGUAACCAUUUCUCACUAGUGUCAGGCCCCCACCGGGUCCAUAUGCCACUGCCUGCACCCCUCAGCAGAGGAACCCCUGCUAGACAUCGGCCUUUGCCUUAGCAGGGGUGACUUGGUCUCUCCUGGCUGGGCCAUCCCACCCUCAAUCCGGCCCUCACACACUCAGGCCUGCACCUACUCCCUGUUCCAUUUCCACUCACAUAUACACACUCCCUGCCCCCAGGAGGCCAAACUGCCCCUCCCCUACUGAACACACACUUGCACACACACACUGCACACACAGAGGCUGGGCCUGGGCACAUCUCUUCACACUUCAUUUUGGUCAUUUCCCCCAAGGCAUCCCAUCUUGGGGGUCAGUGGGGGACUGAGGGCAGGGGGAUGUGGCCAUGGGGCUCAGAUGGACUGGGAGGAGGGGGGAGGGUGAUGCAUUAAUUAAUGGCUCCGUUAAUUAAUGUCAUGUUGCUUGUCGCUUUCUCGGUGUGUGUAUGGUCCAUGCCUGCUGCUGGUGCCCAGCCUGGUUGCCAGCCGUGUCCUGUGGGGGUGUGUGUGUAAAUGUAGUGUAGUCAGGUGCUCAAUGGAGAAUAUAAAAAUAAAGAAACAAACAUAUACAGAAAAAAAUAUAUUUUAAGUUUAAAAAACAGAAAAACAGACAAAACAAUCCCCAUCAGCUAGCUAUCCAACCUCCAGCUGGGUCUGAUCCUCCUCAUAGCCCACCCAACCUGGCUGCCCCUUCACCUCGGGCUCAGGGGACCUGUGGGGGAUGGGGGACCAUUUCUUUUUUCUGCCCUUUUUUUUUUGUUCUAUUUUGUACAGACAAGUCAGAAAAACAACAGUGACAAAAAAGACAAGAAACUUUGUAAAAUAUUGUGUGUGUGAUUCCUUGUAAAAUAUUUUCAAAUGGUUUAUUACAGAAGAUCAGUUAUUAAAUAAUGUUCAUAUUUUCACUUCAAACAGUUCCCAUCCACUGUGUCUGCCCAAUGGUGGGGACUGGGUAGCAAUGAUGACAGGUGACCUUGACCUCAGAAUCCCACCUACUGCUCAGCUGGGUGUGACUGCCAGUUGGGCAUAGGGCAUAAUGCUUUUGGCAAAAAGAAAAAAAAAAGCCUCCCAAAGACUCAAGGACGGGACCCUGGAACGAGGAAGAGAGAUGAAAUACAGGUUUGAAUGGGGAGAGCUGUAGGAGGCCGGGGGCUAGCUUGCCCACAAGCACAGCCGUAGUCCCCUCUGGCCCAGGGGAGGCCCGAGCCGCUGUUGCUAAUGCUGGAGCCUGAAUUCCAGGCAGUAUUUGCAAAAUUCUCUUGUGCUGCACUAACCAGGACCAAUGCCCCUAUGUCAUUGUUCAUUUUAAACUUAACCCUCUUAACCCUAGUCGACAUGGCCUUCACAUUAUUUUCAAGAGAAGAGAGUUAUAACCACCAGGGCUGAGGUUUUCUUCUGACCCGCAACCCUCAUUCCCGUUCUAAAAUGCACUUAGUUGCAGGGGCGGGGGGAUUCGCUCACUCCUCGGUUACCCUGAGGCCUUGGGCCUUCCAACUGAGUCUUCGCCACAACCCUUUUUGUUGUUGAGUCAGCCCUGACUCAUGGCGAUCCCAUGUGUGUCAGAGUAGAACUGUGCGUUACAGAGUUUCCAGUGCUGAUUUUUUGAAAGCAGAUGGCCAGGCUUUCUUCUGAACCACAACCUUAGGGGUGGGUAAUACCGUGUUCCCAUUCUGCAGAUAAGAGAACUGAGACUUAGAGGAGAAAUCCUUUCUUCCUGGGUGGGAAGGGUAAGAAAUCAGCAAAUGUUUCAGAGAGGAGGUGGCCAGUGGGAGGAGGGCCUUGGAUGCUAAAUAGAUGGAAGGCAUUUCAGCCCUCUGCAAAGGCAUGGGGCUUUCCUCACUCCUCUGCAGGCAACCCGGGAGACAGAUUCCAUGACCCCUAACAGCAGUCCUGGAGUAGGAUUGCCAGAUACAGAACAUCCAGUUGAAUUUGAUUUUCAGAGAAACAAGCAAUAAUUUUUUAGUAUAGGUGUAAUAUGAUAGGAGUAGAGGUCCCUAUCUAACUUCACGAGGGAGUAGGAUAACCAGUAUCAGCAUCAGGCCAAAGCUGACCUUAUGAGGUGGAAGUCAGACAUACUUCCAUCUUCCAAAUUUUGACCAAUUCUGACACCAGCUGUCCCUCCCAUGGCACUCUCUACUUCUCUCCUGGGCUUGAUAAUUUGUUGCAAUGGCCAGACAGAACUCACAGACCACACUCAUGAUUAUGGGGUUUAUUAGGGAAGUAACAGGUUACAGUUCAGGAUCAGGAUCAACUUGGAAGUAACAGGAACAACUCAGGAUACACUUACUUGAUCAGGACAGCUUCUUCUUGGUCAUGCAUACCCAAAGGGAGGCCUCUGCCACUGGGCCCUGCUCGGGCCUGGCCUCUGCCCUGCUUGGGCAAGUGUUACAGUUCUUUAGCUUGCCAGUAAGUGCCCAGAGGCACCCCAUUCUGCCAAGAAGCCUCCUGCCUGAAGGCACGCAGCUCUCUGGCUCUGUGGUUUGGUGAACCCACUGCAGCCAUCUGCCGGUUCUGUGCUGCUGCUGUCUCAUGCUACUG